AUUGAAAAGGAUCCGGUCUAUAUGUUUGAUGCAUUCAAACACAAACAGAGUCCAUUGUCUUUUGAAUAAACAAAACGUAUUUGGAGAGAUAACCCUGGAUAAAGCUUCAUAUUUUGUCUCCUUGUUGAUCGAGUCUUACUUUUGGCCUAAGAAUCUAUACAAGUUUGUCGUUUGUACCCAGUCGUCCUUGUUGUGUUGUGCUCCUUUUGUGUUGCCUAUUCGAUAUUAAGGGCAGGUGAGGGUCGUUAGUCAUGACGGCAUAUGCCACCAGUAUACCUGCUAUAGAUCCCAGUUUAGGACAACUGGUCGAAUUACCAAUAGAUCAAGCUGGUGCAUAUGUCAUUCAAGAUGCAAGUGGUGGUCAAAUCCAUUUAGGCAGUGUUCAGGGCGGGAAGAGUUUACUGAAACCUGAAUUAGCCCAACAUUUAAAUCAGCAUACUGGUUACAAGUCGAGUGUUGGUAGAGGCGGCUUCACUUUGAAUAAUAACGAUGCACGUUGGGUUUCUCUUAAUGCGAAUCGUGCAUCGCGUAGCAUCACCAGCCGAAAACCUCUAAGUACAGGCGCUCCUGUGGCUCAGUCAGCUGGACUGCAAUCUGCUGUACUGACACCUGCAGCUUCAGGACUAUUAUCAUUGGGUACUCGCUAUACUCCAUCUUCUGCUACUGUAUUUGGUACGACGGGAGGAGGCUCGAUAUCUGGUGUCAAUCAAGGUAUAACUGGAACAGGAACAGCUACAAUAAUACCUUCAGGCACAUCAUCAAGUAAUAUUGUUUCAGCCGGUGUUGGUGCGAUAGGUAGUAUGGAUCGAGACUCCGGUUAUCGCUUGGCCGCUGCAAUAGCUGGUACUAGUGGUCGAGGUCGUCCUCGAGGUCGAAGGCCUUUACGAGGACAAUUUCCUGUUGUUCCAAUUGACAUGGUCCGACAAUUAGGCAUUGAACAACAAGUCAUUUUACAACCAGCCGCCCCAGUCGCCAUGCGCAAUAAAGCUGUACUGUGUCGACCGUUGUCAAUGUGUCGUAAAACUCAAGCAAGUGCGACAACAUACGAGAAUUUAUCCCAACAUGGUAUUGCUGUGCAAACGGAUGUACUUCCAACUACAACGGAAUCGAGUAAUAAGAAUGAUGGAGCAUCUCUUGGGAUUGAAAUGCAGACCCAGACUAUUGACACAAAACCAGUUGAAAGUGAUGAUGACGAUGACGAUGAUAUGGUACCUGUAGGUGAAAUUGAAGAUGAUCAGAUGUUGAUGAAAUCUGAUCAACCAAGUGUUAGUUGUGCUCAGACAUCAACUUCUGAUGACACCGUUUUCGUUGAAUCCGGCAUCCAGACAGAUUUAACAGAUGAAGAUGAAUUGAAAAAAAUGCCACUUGUGCUACCCAUACCUGUUCCGGUUCCAAUCUAUGUGCCAUUCCCAGUAUGCUUAUAUGCAAGACCAGUGCCAUACGCAGUUCCCUAUCCGUUACCGUGCCCACUUCCAGUUCCACUUGCUUUCGAUGCUACUCCAAAACCUCCGUGUGUUGAAGACCAAGGACAACAAGUCGAUUUGAUUACUCGAAAAACACUCAUUGAAUCUUCAACGAAAUUAGACGAUUCAAUAGCAACAGCAAGUGACAACCAGAUUGACACGCAAUUUGUCGAUUUAGAACGUUCAGCAAAGUCGACUGAUUAUGCUUAUGCAUUAUCAAUGUCCAAUGACGAAGGAGAUAUGGGGACAAUUGAAGAGCAUAGUGGUGCUCCUAAUAGACCUCAAAAUGUAUCUAGUCUUAAACGUCCCGUCCCCGAAGAAUCAUCAUCGUCAGAUUCAUGGACUUCAGAGUCAACUGUCAUCCAACAAUCCACUGAACAUAAUCCACCAUCACACCACCAUCACCUCCAGGCGACGUCGGUAGUGAGUCAUUCCAGUAGCAGAAGGGAAAUAGAUCAGCCGCUCCCACCGCCACCCCCAGCUAAGCGGUCUCGUCAAACUCUUACACCUGUACUUACAUCUGAUGCUAAUUACCAUUUGAAAUUCUCUUACGGGAUCAAUGCAUGGCGUCAUUGGGUACAACAAAAAUCAGCUUCAUCUGCAGACAAACCUAGAUCUACUACAGCUGCAAUGCAACAAUAUUCACAUUUAUAUGCUGACUUAUUAAACAUGAGUGAUGCCGAUCUCAAUAUCGCAUUAAGUCAGUUUGUUCGUGAAGUUCGCAAACCAAACAAUGAAUGUUAUGUAGCUGAUUCAAUUUUCUAUUUGUGCCUAGGUAUUCAAGAGUAUCUCAACGAAAAUGGUCGUACUGUAAAUUUAUUUGGAGAUCCUGCGUUUACUGGUCUAUCUAGAGCUUUAAACGAAAUAUUAGCUAAUUUUCAACCUCGUAUUAGUCCCGAAGGACUUCUUAUCUGUCGUAUAGAAGAAGAACAUUUAUGGGAAGCAAAACAAUUAGGUUCACAAUCAGCCGAGAUUUUAUUAUUUACCAUGCUUUAUUACAAUACUAAACAUAUUGGUUUACGACUUGGUACAGUUCAUCGGCAAUUAGCAUUUUCACAAUUUCAAAUCUCUGAAACAGCUGUUCUUUGUCAUUUACCUGGUCAUGUGUUCGGUGAAUCAGAUGAUUCUGUCACAACAUUAAGUUUAGAUGCCAAUCCUCAACAUCCACAACGAUGUCCUGUUAAACUUUAUAAAGCAUACUUCACUCGUUGUCCCCCAGAGCUACUAGAUUCUGACAGUGUGUUCUACUUGAGUCCACUAUAUCCUCCAAAAUCUGAUUUAUGGUUUUCAACAGAUCCUGUUCGACCAAAUGAAUUGCAAGUGAUACUUAAUAGAAUUAAAAUGGUAAAAGAAAUUCAAGAGGCAUUUAUGAAUAGUCAACCAGAUGGGGGCUUCUAAGCUCAUUUAUAUAUAAUCGUAUUCUAUGUGUAUUUUGAUUAUAUUGUUUCUCUUAAACCAAUCUAUCAAUAAUUUACCCUACUCUCCCUUUUCAUAUAACCAUAAGAUACUGAAUAUAUAUAUGCAUAUUUGUCUGUUUUUUUUAAUCCUAUCGCCCUUUGCCUCAUUUUCUUCACCUGUAUAAACUGAUUGUGGAAAUAAAUUUUUUUAUCAUAUUAUCCAUUUUGUUUUAACAAGACUAAUACUUAAUUCUCAGAUGAUAUUUUUAAUAUAAACAUUCAUAUUAUUGCUUGUCAAGCCGG